AUGUUUGGGGACACGUUCAGGAAGUCGAGGCUACAGAAACAGCUUUUGCUGCUCAAUGUAGUCACCGGCUUUGUUUCUGCAGCUUCGGAAGCUUCGGCCUUGGAUAGGUGUCCAGAUUAUGUCGCCAAGCACGCACCUUUAGUAUGGCUUCAUUCGGAGGACCGCUUCAUGCCGAGUGAUCUCGCAGCUCAUGUCUCCAACACGAUCCCCAAGUUGGAUGAACAACCAAUCAGUGGUCUUUCUUCAAUUGAACUUGAGAAUCUUGGAUAUCUCAAUGAACACGGCGGUAAUGCUGUUGCACUCACGUCCAAGGAGGAUCCAAUGACAUAUCCGAAGUGGAUAUUGGGCGAGGCACCAGAUCUUAGUGGACGGAUUCACGAUUCUGUGCCUUGCGCUGUCAUUCUGGUGGAAAAGAGCGAACUUGACGUAGAUGCGUUCUACUUCUACUUCUAUUCAUUUAAUGAGGGACCGAAUAUCACACAGGUCCUAGAACCGAUCAACCAUCUUAUUGGAGAUGAGCAUCUGGGUUCUGGGAUGCACUUUGGCAACCAUGUUGGAGACUGGGAACAUAAUAUGGUCAGAUUCCACAAUGGCACUCCUUUUGGUGUGUACUAUAGCCAGCAUGUUGAUGGGGUUGGCUUCAAGUGGGAUGACAAAAGAAUCAACGUAACUGAUGGAAGACCAAUAUCAUACAGUGGCCUCGGCUCUCAUGCCAACUAUCCAGCAGGAGGACACCAACUUCACAAUGCAGCAAUGUUUGACUACUGUGACGAGGGCAAAAUAUGGGAUCCCGUCCAGUCAGCGUACUUCUACCGCUUCAAUCCAGACACAGUCACCAUCACGCCAAUUAUCUCACCUCUUAAGCCAUCUGAGACUGAGCCUGCCCAGAACCUAACAUCCUGGUUCGACUUCACUGGUCACUGGGGUGACAAGAGGUAUCCCGACUCUGAUCCACGUCAAGAAACCGUUCCACACUUUGGCCUCAAGCGCUUCAACACCGGUCCCAACGGUCCACGCUUCAAGCACCUCGUCCGCAAGGGUCUUGUGCGUGAUCAUGCUAGGAAGAUGGGCUGGGAAGAAUGGGGUGUAGCAGCAGCCUAUGGCUCUUAA